AGGAAAAUACAUGUACGUACUGUACCUAUUUAUUGAAAAAGCCCUUGUGUAAAUGGACCUGCGGAGUGCCAACCCUUGUUCAAGGGCCAACUGCAUUUUGCAUACCAGGAGGCAAAAGAAGAAGUGGAAUUAUAACCAAAUAAUAUUUAUGAAUGGGUGUUUUUUAGGUAGGCUCUUCAACUCCAAAAGGUCAAGAACUUAAUAUCCUUAGGUGUUGCCCUGAACUGUUAAUUAGCUGGGCUAUUAUUCGACGAGGGUGGUAUUUUAACUGCUUUGUUCAUGUGAAAGCUCCAGGCCUGGCACACAGUAGGCCUAAAACAACUGUUGGUAUGUCUCUGGGACUGAAGGGCCCUUUGAAGUUACCGGUGAAGUCACUCUCCUCGACAUUUGGAGAAAAAGAGCCAAGAGGGGAAUGGACUUGUCCAAGGUCACACAGGGAUCGAGUGGCCGAGCCAGGAGUAGAACCCAACAAAAACAGUGGCGCCCAGGCUGUGCCAGGGCCAACACCCAGCAUCCGUGACUAUUUCGCUCUUUUGCUUUUGCAAGAGCCCUUGAGGUGGUUAAUUGUUAGUCUCUGAUUCUAAGUGAGGAAAGCAGGCUCAGAGAGGCAAGUCACACAGCUGCUAAGUUCCAGUCUUGAGACCCAGUUUUCACACGAAAGUGGGGGCCUGGCUUCUUUUGAACUAGUCUGCUCAGCCUUUUAUUAUCUAGGAUAAGGGACAAAAGCCAAUCAAGUUUGCCUGAUAUCCAUCAACCAGGCCCUGGACACCUGGUCUCAGCCCAACUUCGCCUGCCUUGCUGUGUGGUCUUGGCUCCCUUCCCAGUCCACAGCCAUGGCCACCUUGGUGGCCCAGAAGCUUAUCCACCUGCUGCCCAGUUUUCGGCAGGCCCACCAGGAGCCUCAUCAAUCUGUGCAGCCAGAGCCUGUCUUCACGGUAGACCGAGCCAAGGUGCCACCCCUCUACUGGAAGCCAUACAUCUACGUGGGUUACCGGCCACUGCACCAGACCUGGCGCUUCUACUUCCGCACGCUGUUCCAGCAGCACAACGAGGCGGUGAACGUCUGGACCCACCUGCUGGCGGCCCUGGUGCUGCUGCUGCGGCUGGCCAUUUUUGUGGGGACCGUGGACUUCUGGGGAGACCCCCACGCACUGCCCCUCUUCAUCAUUGUCCUCGCCUCCUUCACCUACCUCUUCCUCAGUGCCUUGGCUCACCUCCUGCAGGCCAAGUCCGAGUUCUGGCAUUACAGCUUCUUCUUUCUGGACUACGUGGGUGUGGCUGUGUACCAGUUUGGCAGCGCCCUGGCACACUUCUACUAUGCCAUCGAGCCUGCCUGGCACGCCCAGGUGCAGACCAUUUUCCUGCCCACGGCCGCCUUUCUCGCCUGGCUUUCUUGCACUGGCUCGUGCUACAACAAGUACAUCCAGAAGCCCGGCCUGCUGGGCCGCACGUGCCAGGAAGUGCCCUCAGCGCUGGCUUACGCACUGGACAUCAGCCCGGUGGCGCACCGCAUCCUGGUGUCCCCCAACCCUGCCACCGAUGACCUCGCUCUUCUCUACCACAAGUGCCAGGUCGUCUUCUUCCUGUUGGCUGCUGCUUUCUUCUCGGCCCUCAUGCCUGAGCGCUGGUUUCCUGGCAGCUGCCACCUCUUUGGGCAGGGCCACCAGCUCUUCCAUGUCUUCCUGGUGUUCUGCACUCUGGCUCAGCUAGAGGCUGUGGCGCUGGACUAUGAGGCCCGGCGGCCCAUCUAUGAGCCACUGCAUACCCGCUGGCCCCACAACUUCUCCGGCCUCUUCCUGCUCACCGUGGGCAGCAGUGUCCUCACCGCAUUCCUUCUGAGCCAGCUGGUACGGCGCAAACUCGAUCAGAAGACCCAGUGAAGGGAGGUGGCAGCUGGUAGGGAGGGAGGUAGAGUGGGAGCCCAGGGGUCCGGGCUUGGCUCCAUAUAGGAACAAGGCCUGGUAAAGUUGUUUGUGUCUGCACUGCGGUGUCUCUGUGCGCACGCCUCGGCUACCUAGGAUGGCAUUGGCUAGUCCUUGGGUUUAGGGGUUGGCCUGGAGUUCUGGGGUCCACUCCCGGGCCUGCCCUAACUCCCUGACUUGGGAGCGGGAAAGAGAUAAAGAUGUGGCUACCCUGGUUUGCCCCCCCACAUUGCCUCUCACUACAGGUGAGGAUGGGGAGGGGGAAGGGGAGUCAGCUGGGGCCAGGACUCUGGUUUGGGGCUUCCAGAUUAUCUAGAGGGGGUGAAGGUGGAAUUUAGGCUAGAGUUAGAUUUGAGCUGAGAGGCAGAGGAGGCCUCAGCAACGCCCAUGUACCAGAUUUCAUUGGUGGGUGGGGAAGGGGCAGGACCGAAGUGUGUGCAGGAUCUUACCAUUGUCUGAACCCCAGCCUGGAGUUUUGGAGCUUCAGAGUCCCCAAAGGUAAAGACUGUGCUGGGUGCAGGUGGAUCCCACCCAGUGCCCCCUAUCCCUCAGUCACUGUCCCCUGCAGCUCACCUUCCUAGCUUUGGCCUCCAUGUUCCAAAUGUCCUGUUCCCAGCCAUUCUCCUGGUUUCCACUGGGCCCUCUGGAUCAAAGACUUUAAUAUUGGGAUGGACUGUCAGGGGAAGCACUGAGGAGGGAAUAAUCAGUAUGGCCUGGGGCCCUCAGGGUUUUGGGUUGGGAAGGGUGAAUAGGAGUUUGCAGACGGAGAAGAGGAAAGGUAUUCCGGGCAGAGGGGAAAACCUGUACAAAGACCAAGGGGUACGGAAGGAGUUCAGUGGGGCUGGAGCUAGGGGCGGUCUGGACUUUGGUAUGUCCUGGAUGCAAUAAAGUUACUGUGAUAACA